GGGCAGAAGAAGAAGAAGAAGAAGAAGAAGAAAAAAGGUCGGCAAGGCGAACAAGUGAGCAAGCAAGUCUGAGACGCGGCUGCCAAUCAAAGAGGAUCCUUCACCCAGGUGUGCUCAGGCCACGCCCCCCCGCGAAUCCUCACUGAGCGCUCAUGAAGUUCCUCAUGGAAAGUGGACUGCGGUACUCCCCAAUUGUACUUCUGUGCUAGCUAAGUUUGCUUUAAGCAGUAAGGUCGCGGAACCCUGGAACCUAACCCAGUUAACAUCGGGCAAAGGGCGGACUGAGCAAGCAAGCGCCCUGAGGCGGUCGCCAGCCAGUUGCAGACACGGACAGGCACUCACUGACAAGUUUCAACACCAUUUAAACAGCCUCCGAUGUGGUCGCGGAGCCACCAGCUACCAAGUCUGCCGGUCCGUGUCCCGACAGAGUGCACCAGAGACCUCCCACGGCACUCCAGAGACGUAAAAGACCAAUCAUACUCCUGCAGAAACUCCCUAGACAGUCUGCAUAGUCCUCCAUACACACAAGGGACCCACCAGAAUCCUGCAGAGAAACCAAACAGUAAGCCAGAAAAGCAAAGAUUUCCCACCAAAACCAGGCCAGCAUUUGGUGACGGAACAAUCUUUGUUCCAGGGAAGGGGCCUGGAAACUGACUCACUUGUUGAAGAGCAGGUGAUGAACCAGGACAAAGACCACCAGAGUCACCAGAAGGCUACAACGAGGCUAACUUCAAUCACACCUCUGGCUCCUCUCCCUGCUCACCUCGACCUUCAUCAGACUGUUAAUUCUGCUGACCUGGACCCCCACCAGGCUCAGAGUCCUACCCCUACUGCCCUGCAUCCCCAGCUUCCUGCUCACCUGGACUCCUAUCAGGAUACACUCCAUGCUGACCUAGAACGCCAUCAGACUGCUAGCUCUGCGCACUUGGAUUCCCAUCAUUCACCACUUCAUGGUCACCUAGACCUCCAACAGACUCCUAACCCUCCUCACCCGGACCCUCAGCUUCCUGCCGACCGGGACUCCCAUCAGUCUCCAUUCCCUGCUGAGCGAGAGCUCCAUCAGACUACUACCUCUGUUCCGCUAGACCCCCAUCAAGCCCCUGACUCUGCCCACCUAAACCCCCAGUUUCCUGCUCACCUGAAUUCUGAUCAGCCACAUCUUCCUGCUCACCUGGAACCCCCACCAACAUCUACCCCUGCUAUAGAAACCCAUCAGGCUCCACCUGCUCAUCCGGAUCGCCCUCAGGCUGCUUCUGUUCACAUGGACCCACAGCUUCAUGUUUCUCUGAAGUCCCACCGGGUUCCUCGUCCUGCUCACCUAGACAUCCAUCAAGCUCCUCCCCGUGCUCCCCCGGACCCUUACAAGCCUCUUCCCUCCGUUCAUAUGGAUCCGCAGGUUCCUGCUCACCCGGACCCAGACCAGAACUCCCAUCAGAUGUGUGUUUCUGCUCAGCUGGAGCGCCAUCGAUCUCCCUCAGCUGCCCGGCAAGCCCCUUCCGUUGCUCUCCCGGACUCGCCCCGGACUCGUUCAUCCGUCCACUCGGACACGAAUCAGACUCCUCCGUCUCCUUACACGGACCCCCGUCAGACGUGUACCUCUGCUCACCUGGUUCCUCAGCAUCCUGCUCAGCUACUAUCCCAUCGGACCUCUCUCCCGGCUCACCCGGACCCCCAUCAGACGAGUCUACCUGUUCACCUUGACCAUUGUGAGGCACCCUCACUUGCUGGACUGGACUCGCAUGACACUCCACUCUCUGUUCAGUUUGAGGGCCAAGACGCCGGCAACUUUUCGGGUAGUUCAGGUGAGGCCAAACUUUGCGGCUUUCUGCAGAAGCAGGGUGGUCCUCUGCGGGCCUGGAAGCGGCGCUGGUUCACCUACGAGGAGAAGCAGAACCAGAUGUACUACUACCGCACCCCGCAGGAUGUGACUCCUCUGGGCCGGGUGGACCUCACCUCCGCCACCUUCUCCUACCCGCUCAAGGCGGAGAUGGGCACCUUCCACAUUGAGACGCCCGAGCGCAUUUACACCCUCAAAGCUGUGACUCAAGACCUGAUGCUUUAUUGGUUGCACCAGCUGCAGCUCAAACGCUGGCAUCACCGACAGAACCAAAAGACGAGUUCUUGCCCCGAGGCCGCUGACAUUGGAGACGACUUCCUGCCGCUGUUGAAAAGUCCCGCGGGGCUAGUCGGGGAGGAGGCCGCCGACGAGUCGCCUCACGGGACGGCGCUCGGCGACGUGUCCAUCAAACAUCCCUUCAUCCAGAUCCAGAACACAGUCCACAGUCUUCGGAAGAGGUCUUCCCAGGACUGGGCGCAAAGUGUCUUCUACGUGCGGGCUCCAGCCGGCGUCGGAGUGGACGCCGACGCCGACGACCCCGCCUCCGUGACGGCGCCUCCCACUGUUCCGGUCGGACGGGCGCUGGUGCGCGCCGCCAGCUGCGCUCUGCCGAACACUCGGCGGAGAAAGAAGGAUUUCAGCUCCUCGGAGUCUGUGUCCCGCCUCCAGCGUGACAAGGAGAUGCUAAUGGAGGAAGUUAAAGCUCAGAAGGAGCUCGUGUGGUUGCUCCACAAAACCUUGGAGGCCACCCAGCUGGAAAGGCCGGCAGGCGUCGACUUCGUGGCGGCCGAAGGAGAGCGGGAGCGACCGGAACUGCUGCGACACCCGCUCGGCCGGUCAGAACAAGUGGCCGGGAACCAUCUGGACCGGAAGGACCCGCGGGUGGCGCAACUUCGUGAGCGGGUCAGGGAGCUGACGGAAAAGAACCAUGCCAAGCAGGAGGUGAUCCUCAAGCUGUCCGACCACGUGGCCGCAUUCCCGCCAACUUCCGCCUCGUCCGUCCCAGACACAAUCAGACAACUGCAGCAGCGUGUCGAGGACCUGAAGGACGACAUUGAGGCUUACAAGACACAGAACAAGUUUCUGAACUCUGAGAUCCUCCAGCUGACCAAACUGUGGAGGAAGAGCUCGGAGCAGGAGCGCAGUCUGAUGGUCAAGUGUGCUUACCUGGAGGCUUGGUGCUGCCAGGCCGAGAGUCGCUACCUUGGAGUCCUGCGGAAGCUGCAGGAGAACAGAAGUCUGGCUCCGGACCAGCAGCGGACUAUACAAAAGAUAGUUGAGGAUGCUCUGGAAGGGCAGACAAAGAACGUCAAUGCCACCACAAGGAUCCUUCACGAUGAGUAUGGCUUCAAGUUCUUUCCCGACUAUGAGGUGGAAGACGUGAAGCUUCUGGCUAAAAUCCAAGCGCUGGAGAUUCGCUCGCACAACCUGCUCCAACAGGAGGAUCGAGAGCGCCCGCUGUUGAGUCGCUGGGCUCAGUACCUGGCCGGCAGGUCGGAUGAGGACUUUUGCCAUUCGCCAGAACUCAAAGGUCUGCUGCGGGCCGGGGUACCGCAAGAGUACCGGCAGAGCGUUUGGCGCUCCCUCGUCCGAUCCAGGACCAGGACCGUCAGAGAGCGCCACCCGCAGCGAUACCAGCAGUUGUGUGACAAGAGCCGCACGUGUCCUCAUCCCGCCUCCAGACAGAUCCAGUUGGACCUUCACCGAACUCUAACCAGCAACCUCCAUUUCUCCUCGCCGUCCAGUCCCGCCCACCAGCAGCUGCAGCGCAUCCUAUUGGCCUUCUCCUGGCAGAACCCCUCCGUUGGCUACUGCCAGGGACUGAACAGGUUGGCCGCCAUUGCUCUUUUAGUUCUCCAAAGUGAAGAGGAAGCGUUUUGGUGCGUGGUGGCCGUGGUUGAUGCCAUCAUGCCUCAGGACUACUACAGCAAGAACCUGCUGGCCGCACAGGCGGACCAGUACGUUCUGAAGGACUUUCUCGUGGAGAAGGUUCCUCGCCUGGCGGCGCACUUUGACCUUUAUGGAGUCGACGUGUCUCUCGUUACCUUAAACUGGUUCCUGGUGGUUUUUGUUGAGAGUCUGCCCAGCGACAUCCUGCUGCCUGUGUGGGACGCCUUUUUGCACGAGGGCACCAAGGUGAUGUUCAGGUAUGCUUUGGCGUUGUUCAAAUACAAAGAAGACGACAUCCUGAAGAUCCGUGACGGCGCCGACAUCCACCAAUACCUCCGUUUCUUCACCAAGACCAUCACCGACACCAGGAAGUUGAUGAGAAUGGCCUUCGUCGACGUGAACCCGUUCCCCGGCCGGCUGCUGAGGAACCGGCGAGCUCUUCAUCUGGAGCGCCUGCUGGGGGAGCUGCGAGAACUGGAGGAACAGCAGAAGGCGUUUGCGGCGCUCGACGACGACCCCUCGCAACGGCGCGCCGGCGACCCCGUCACUGACGAUGAGGAGAUGAGCUGAGUCCCGUCGCUGGAUUCCCUGCCUGACCUUCGCCGCUUUGUGCCGACCGAUUUCACCCAAAACAUUUUGAAUCAGGGAAACUACGACAUCUAUUCCAAUGUCAGCUGUCACUCAAAUUUGGGUGCAAAUUGCAGGCAAACCCGCACUGUGGGACUAAUAAAGGUUGUCUAAUGUAAUCUACAUUGACUGGACGUUGAAUUCUGUUCAUGUCCAACCGGAAAUGAGGUGACUUGCCCCGCUGUCCAAAUGUCCAUCUCCAAACAAGCAUCUUCUAUCACUCGUAUGGCGGAAAACCACCCAGGUCGGCAGAAGCCGUCAUUGGCUCACAAUGCGGAGAAACGCCAGCGUUGACCUCGCGGUUACCGUAGUUGCGAGGACCACGGGUUCAAAUCCCGGCCACCUCCUGUGUGGCUUUUCUCCUCCAGCAUCCCCAAAACCUUCAUUGGACACUGUGAAUUGUCCCGAGGUGUGAUUGUGACUGCCACAAUUGUCUCUUAUGUGCCCCGUGACUGGCUGGCAACAGGUUGAGGGCGUACCCUCCCUCCUGCCCGACGAUAGCCGGGAUUGCCUCUGGCGCUCCCGCGACCCUCGUGAGGUUAAGCGGCUCGGAAAAUGGAUGGAUGCGCGAGUCCGAGGCCGGAUGAGGCGGCGGGAGCGUCUGAUCCGGAGGUCGUCCCGGUGGGAGGAGAACCCGGGGACGACCGGGGACACGCCGGAAGGACCGUCUCUCGGCCGGCCGGGGAACCCCUCGGCACCCGCCCAGAGGAGCCGGAUGAGGUGGCUGCGGAAAGGGAAGUCUGGGUGUCCCCGCUAAAGCUACUGCCUUCGUGACCCGACUUCCGAUAAGUGGGAGAAGAUGGAUGAAAAAAUGAUUUUAUUCCUUCUUUGAUCGUCUCCAUUCUCUUUCAAGUAACAAUUUGCCCAGUCGUGACCCCGGAGACGUCCGUUUUUAUUUGGUUGUAAAGAUCACACCUGUUGUUUUGUACGUACAUUUGAACGUGCCGACCCCGACCCAUGCGGCCUCUAACAUUGGGACUAAUCCACUUUUUUCACACCUCAGACCACAGGAUCGUCCUGGGAGAUGGAACGUACGUACGCGACAUACGUUAUUCUUUGCGGUCGGGAGGGUGCAAAAUCAGGACAAAACGGGCCAGCGUGGGGUCAAAGUUGAGGAUUGGCCAUGGUGAAGGGGGCGGGGCCAUCUUUGUUAACUGCGUCCA